ACUCCAUCCUCAUCAACACAGCCAACAAGUAGGUCCUUUUGAGACGUCACCUAAACCGCCCUCAGGUUUCCUUGUCUCUGCCUAAAUGAGCCCGUGCAUGAUGCGUAGCGCCGUGGUUGUAGCCCUGCUAGUGAUGGUGGCCAUGAGCCUCCAGCUGACGGCGGCACAGGAGGACCUCAAGUACUUCGAGCGAGAGGUAGUGGCCGAGUUGGCGGCGCAGAUCCUGCGCGUGGCUCAGGGACCCUCGGCCUUCGUCGCGGGCCCUCACAAGCGCAACUCGGAGCUGAUCAACUCCCUACUGGGGAUCCCCAAGGUCAUGAACGACGCUGGGAGGAGAUAAGCAACUUCAUUCUCUCAUCUUACUAACUUUAAGAACAAGACCAGUGUGAGUGUGGUCAGGCCUGGUACUCCCGAUCGGUGGACAGAUCAUCGAUAUCUUCUUCCUAAAUAAAUGUUGCAACAUU